AUGGCCAAUCAAAAUGAUUCUACCCUACCAGCCGGCACAACCACCUCCCCGGUCGGUUAUUCCAAUCGAUCAACUCAAGUUGUCGCACCUGCUAAUCGCCGGACAUCCACCAUGUUGCAGCAAGCACAUCACUAUGUGUCUAUUAAGCUGACAGCCACGAACUAUCUGUUCUGGAGAGCGCAGCUAGUCCCUUUUUUGGGAGGCCAGAACUUGUACGGCUGUGUGGAUGGCACAAAUGCCUGUCCGCCGGAGUUUCUUGGCUCCUCGACGUCCACAGCUUCUCCAACUGUCAAUUCGCUUCACGCCGACUGGGUGCAACAAGAUCAGUCGAUCUUGAGUAUGUUGAUUUCAUCACUUGCAGAGGAGGUUCUUUACCUUGCAAUCGGACACUCCACCUCCAGAGGAGUAUGGGUUGCGACAGAAACCGCCCUGGGGUCUACCUCUCGUUCCCGCACGUUGAGUCUGUUGACGCAGCUACAAGGCCUUCACCAAGGCGAUUCGUCGACGUCCGAGUAUCUAGGACUGGCGCAAAUCCUCGUCGAGCAGCUUGCACAAGCUCGUUGUUCGAUCGGUUUAGAUGAACAGAACCUCCAUGUUUUUUGGGGGUUGCGGCCGGAAUUCCGAUCGUUGGUCGCGUCACUAACUACCAAGAUUCAGCCGCUUACAAUUCUAGAGGUUGCGGACCUCCUAAACACUCACCACUACCUCUUCCCGGAGGACGCCGUACCAACUGGACUCCCUCCGCCGGCAGUCAUGGUUGCCUAG